CGAGUGGGUGUGUGUGUGGGUGACUAGAAAGAGGAGGUCAAAUGCGCUGCUAGUUUAAAAAAACGUGAGGCUAUCUCCUGGAAAUAUUCACAGGUAGACUAUUGUGUUGGAGUUACAGUAGACGAUAUAGUUAACAGCACUGUUAUAAGAGUUUAGGUUAAGAAGUACGUGCUGCCGUAUCGGGCGUGGUGUGUUCGUGUCGUUAGUAAUAGGCAGAUAACGAUAACGAUAACGUUAGCUAAUGCUAACUGUAAGGUUACAUGUCGCGUGCUCGCAUGCACUAGACGGCUCCAUAAUUGACCUUACAACCAGAAUAUAAGUAUGACUGUCUAGCCAAACGUCCGUAUUAUCAACUGUGCAUACGGUAAUGCAUGGUGCAUGUCCACAGAUCAUUAGCUUUCGCUGCGAAGUUCGUUAGCCAACGUAAAGCUACUCCACUUGACAUUUAUUUUGUCUUUGGGAACCUUGUGUCACACGGUCACAGCCGUCAUGUUUCACUCUGCGUCCCGUCGUCCGAUCUGCGAGAUCGGUGCGAAUACAAUGAGGCUUCGGAGCAGCAGGUCGUUGAAGCGGACCGUCGAGGAGGGCAGAGAGACUAUCGAGAGGGUCCCGUGGCUGGGCAGGGGCAUGGGCCUGCUGCUGUCCUGGCUCCAGAGGGCAGGUGUCGGUGCCACCGAGGCCGCAGCAAGAUCUGGCCAAAAGAGGAAGGGUUUGCUCUCCAUAUUUGCGGACCACUGCAGCUUUGUGACCGGACAGAGGCUGCGGCGUGCUUGCCAGAUCGGCGAGCUGUACUCCAACCUGUACUCCGAGCGGACCAGGAUGACCCUGGUCUGCAACAUAUGGCGGAGAUUUCAGAGCAAGCACGCCCCGACUGGGAAACUUGUCGCGGCCCUGGCUGGAAUCUUCCUGUGGGACAGUGAGAAGAUUCAAGAUGAGGAAAUUCAAAGGUGUGGACUUGAGCUACAGGCGAUGGAGUCUAUAAAAUGUCUCAACACAACUUCGGGGACGAAGGCAGGACUGCUUGAACCCGGCUGGGAAGUCGUGGUGGAGAAGAAAGGCUUCAAAGUGUGGAAGCGACCGAUACCCGACUGUCACCUGUAUGAAUACAGAGUGUUGGGCUCCUACAACGAUGUCACCCCACGGCAGUUCUUCAACGUACAGUUGGAUACAGAGUACAGAAAGAAGUGGGAUGCGCUGGUGAUCAAGCUGGAAGUGGUGGACAGAGAUGUCUGCACAGGCUCUGAAGUUGUGCACUGGGCGACACACUUCCCCUAUCCCCUGUACUCGAGGGACUACGUGUAUGUGCGCCGCUAUGAUGUUGACGUAGACAACAACCUGAUGGUCCUGGUAUCCAGAGGCGUGCAGCAUCCAAGAGUCCCGGAGACUCAAGACUUUGUGAGAGUCCAUUCAUACCAGUCAAAGAUGGUCAUCCGCCCUCACAAGUCCUUUGAUGAGAAUGGAUUCGAUUACCUGCUGACUUACAGUGACGAUCCUCAGACUGUCUUUCCUCGUUACUGUGUGAACUGGAUGGUGUCAAGUGGUAUGCCUGACUUUCUGGAGAAGCUCCAUACUGCCGCCGUGAGGGCCAAGAACUUGGAAGUGGGGAUCUACGACUACGUAGGCACCAUUAAAUCCAGCGACGCCAACCGCCAGCCGAGCCAGGAGCACCUCAGUGGAGAAAAGCCGCACGCGGGCGGCCCGGGACAGAUCUACGCCUGAGAGACAGACAUUUUAUAGACCGGGGGUUAGAUUGGUGUGUUUUCACAUGCGUACGAACCUCAAUCGAACCCUCCAGCCCCAACUUUAAGGGUAGAUCGCAUGAGCUGCAAAUGGAAGUUGCAACCUACAUUUAGGACACAUAUACAGUAUGUCCAUCCGUAGACAUGGUUACAUUGGUUGUAGAUGAGAUGUCACAAGAACAAUGGACUGCCUGGGAAUGAGCCUGUUGCCAUAGAAUUUUUCAUCCAGAUUGCUGGCAAUGGCACUAUUUUUGCUGAGCCAGGCAAUGCGGCGUAGCAUUUUUUAUUUUUUUUGGUAACGAUGUGUCUGUUGGUAUGAUCGAGCCAAAAUUCCUAAUUGUAGAGAUGCUUUUUGCCAAAACACUGUUUCUCUCGUCCUAUCUUUCGGCGUCUUGCCACAUUAAACGGGGUCUGCGGUGAGAUCACGGCGAGAUGUUGUGCAGUAUUGGACAUAGAAUGGUAACUGACUGGCUUCUGAUGGACAUUAUCACUGUAUUUAAACUACGGCCACAGACCGAUGAAGAAUCGCGGCCUUCUGUGGGGAAUACUGUCUACCACGCUUCUUCAUUUCAUGGAUUCAACAGCAUAAAUGAUCUUUAUGUGACAGGAUGGGGUGGAUUAAAAAUAAUAAUGAUGUCAUUAUUGCGAAAAUUUGUCCACAGAAUUUUAAAUGAAAACUUCUUUGUGUUUUGGGGAUGGUGUUUUGCUGUCAGCACAGGUGGAGGUUUCAUGUUGUUCAAGGCUGCCAGCAUUGACAAAAACAGCCUUCUGAAGAUAAACCAGUCCUUUAACAUUCGGGGCAUAGUGUCUUAUAACAACCACAUAAAUCCUCAAAAGCACUUCAGUUUAGUUCUACAAACAAGGCAACCCUACAGAGAUGCAUUUUAAUAAAUCAAUAUCCCUCUUUAGAGAAACUUGGAGCUAUUCUGCCACAUCACAACUCAUUUGCAUUUCACAUGAGUUAAAUAUAUACGAAUUCGUCACAUUCAGCUCAGAAUUUUUUUGUUUUGUUAUCCUGGUGUCCGCUACAGACAUCACAGGAGUUUGUACUGUGUGAGUUAUGUGUGUUGGUGUUUUCUUUAAUAUUGUGGGUCUUGUACAUUCAUAAAACAGUUGCCUGAAUACUGGAAAUCCCCGUUCGCAUCAAGCUCGGCCCCAUUUAUCCUGCAUCAUUUUUGUUAUUAAUAUGGGUCCUACUGAAUCUCUGCAACUCAUCCAUCCAAAUCAUCCUCGUUGCUUUUGUAAUUCAUGUUGCAGGGGGUGUUAUGAAUGUACAAAGAGCUUCCCAAUUCUGUGGAGUAAAAUAUGGCCUAAUAAAGUACACUGUUUACAGCUGAACAAUCUGGCACAGAUAUUUAAAAAUUAAUUUGUAUUUAUGUGAUGGUGGUACAUCGGAGUGAAUCAGGUCCAACAUGUAUGAGUAUUGAAUAUUAUUAUAGCCCCACUGUGUAAAAAAGUGUAUAAUUCUACUCUGUACUGGAGUAUUUCAAGCUAUUUGAUUUAAAAUAACUGACAGAGUAAGUUUUGCAAUACAAUUAUUUUGAAAGUGUGGGAGGAAAUUAAAUGUUUUUUUUUAUAUUUACCUCUUGUAUGGUCACACAAAACAGACUUAAGAGCUCACAAUAACCCAAUUACACAUAAUGCAAUGUUUGCUAAUGUUCAGCUUGCGACUGUAUUGUAACAGUUAAUGCUCUGUCAUUUGUGGUCACCUGCAGUAGUCUAAAAGAGUUGUCACAUACUGUUUUUGUUUUUUCUUUCUGCAGGCAGUAAAACAUUUGUGAUUAGCUACCACAUGAUAAUUACUGAAGGAGCGUCUAAUCAGAUCAAAUAAAUGAAUAUAUAUAACAAAUCAAA